CUGCCGUAGAAGUGCGCGAGCGAGCGGAGCGUCAGUACCAGACCGAGAGCAGCACGGAUCAGUGCCAGAGAGAGACGGAGGAAAGAUUCUGUCGCUACAUGCCGCCGCUACCUUACGGAACAUUAUAACGCAGCGGGAAACGGCCAAACUCUAUCGGUUUCUUCACAAAGGACGGAAUUUAAACGAUGUACCGUUCGGGAGGCGUGAUGCUGGGGCUUCUCGCCGCUCUGCAGGUGGCAGUCCAGGGCACGGGGGCAAUGCCAUGUCAACCGGGCUUCACCGAGAACGAGUACAACGUCAUGACUGCCGACGUCAUCACCGAGGGACAAUUUCUUCUCAAAGUGGAUUUUGUGGACUGUGGCAGGGGUUCUGGCUUGCGCUUCGAGAGCGGAGACCCUGCGGAUUUCCGGAUAGAGGCCGACGGGACGGUUUUCGCAGCGCGAACACUGCAGCUCUCUGACGGGAAGGGGCGGAGCUUGGAGAUUAAGGCCAAGGACGUGAAGUCUCAAGAGCAUUGGCUGGUACACGUCAACUUCACCCAGCCCAAGCAGGUGCCAGUGAUACUGUUUCCGCGGCACAGUGUGGUUGUCAAGGGCGACGGCAGUGUGAAUCGCGUGAAAAGAGACUGGGUCAUUCCUCCCAUCAACGUGCUUGAGAACUCCAGAAAACAAUUCCCUGAAGAGCUUGUGAAAAUCCAGUCGGAUAAGGGCAAGAGUAACUCACUGCGCUACAGCGUGACCGGACCAGGAGCCGACCAAAACCCCAACGGCCUGUUUAUCAUCGACCCCCUUUUAGGAGUCCUGUCUGUCACCAAACCAUUGGACAGAGAACACAUCCCCAACUUCCUUCUACGUGCUCAUGCCGUGGACAUCAAUGGGAACCAGAUGGAGACCCCCGUUGACAUCAUCAUCAAUGUCAUCGAUAUGAACGACAACCGGCCCGAGUUCACACACCAGAUCUGGAACGGAACCGUGGAUGAGGGCGCCAAACCAGGUACAUUUGUAAUGACGGUGACCUCCCAGGAUAAGGAUGACCCAAAUACAGCCAAUGGGAUGCUCAGAUACAAGAUCCUCUCCCAGACCCCGGAGAGCCCCUCCUCCAAUAUGUUCACUAUCAACAACAAGACCGGCAAAAUCAUCACUGUAGCUGCAGGCCUGGACCGUGAGAAGGUCCCUCAAUACACCCUGAUCAUUCAGGCUACCGAUAUGGAGGGAAACCCCACAUAUGGUCUGUCCAACACCGCCACUGCUGUCAUACGCCUGCUGGAUGUCAAUGACAACGCUCCGGAGUUCACCCGAGAGACUUUCCAUGGUGAGGUCCCAGAGAACCGUGUGAAUGUGAUAGUGACGAAUCUCACCGUGACUGACAAAGAUGAACCGGGGACUCCUUCAUGGAAUGCUGUGUACCGGAUCAUAUCUGGGGAUCCAAACGGACUCUUUUCCAUCCCCACUGACCCCGUUACCAAUGAAGGCCUUGUCACCGUUGUCAAGCCAAUUGAUUUUGAGAUAAAUCGAUCAUUCAUGCUGACUGUUGUCGCUGAAAAUGAGGUGCCGCUGGCAAGCGGGAUCCAUCGCACCCGCCAGUCUACAGCCACCGUGUCCAUACGCGUCAUCGACGUGAACGAAAGCCCAAACUUUGACCCAAACCCCAAACAGAUCAAACUGGAGGAGGGGCUUCCGCAGUGGUCGAUGCUAACGACUUUCACUGCUCAUGAUCCAGACAGAUUUAUGCAGCAGAGUAUUAGGUACUCUAAAUUGUUUGACCCUGCCAGCUGGCUGGAGAUCGACCCCAACAAUGGACGAAUUUCCACAAUUGCUGUUUUGGACCGAGAGUCUCCCUAUGUUAAAAACAAUCUCUACAAUGCCACAUUUAUGGCCUCUGACAAUGGUAUCCCCCCUGCGAGUGGGACGGGAACUCUGCAGAUCUACCUGCUGGACAUAAACGAUAACGCACCUCGAGUCUUCCCUCAAGAAGCAGAAGUGUGCGAGCGUCCUGAGCCCAACGCCAUCAAUAUCACAGCUGUAGACGGAGACCUCAACCCCAAUGCUGGGCCCUAUGCUUUUGAGCUGCCCAACCGACCCUCUGACAUCCGCAGGAACUGGACACUGACUCGAAUCAGUGGCGAUUAUGCUCAGUUAAGUCUGAAAAUUAGUUACUUGGAAAGUGGGAUAUACGAGCUGCCCAUCAGCAUCACAGACUCGGGUAACCUGCCCAUGUCCAACAUCACCUACCUGCGCAUCAAAGUGUGCCAGUGCGAUCACCACGGCGACUGCGUGGACAUGGAGCGCAUCAUGGCAGCCGGGCUGGGCACCGGAGCCAUCAUCGCCAUUCUUAUCUGCAUCAUCAUCCUGCUGGUGCUGGUGUUGAUGUUUGUGAUGUGGAUGAAGAGACGGGAUAAAGAGAGACAGGCCAAGCAGCUGCUGAUCGAUCCAGAGGACGACGUGCGAGACAACAUACUCAAAUACGACGAGGAGGGCGGCGGAGAGGAAGACCAGGACUAUGAUCUGAGCCAGCUGCAGCAGCCCGAUACUCUGGAGCCAGACAUGAUCAAGCCCGUCGGGAUCCGCCGGAUGGACGAGCGACCGAUGCACUCCGAGCAUCCGAACUAUCCCAUCCGCUCGGCCGCACCCCAUCCCGGAGACAUAGGAGAGUUCAUCCACGAGGGUCUGAAGGCGGCCGACACCGAUCCCACGGCCCCUCCGUACGACUCCCUGCUGGUCUUCGACUACGAGGGCAGCGGCUCCACGGCCGGAUCGCUCAGCUCCCUUCACUCCUCGAGCAGCGGAGGCGACCAGGACUAUGACUACCUCAACGACUGGGGCCCUCGCUUCCGCAAACUCGCCGACAUGUACGGAGGCAACGACGACUAGCUUACGCCAUCACCGCAGGAGCACAGAAAGAGAAGGAAGAACCGGAGGAGGAGGAAAAUGAAAAGAAACAACAUCAAAAAAACAAACAGUGUGGCACUUUUUUUUUAAUUGCAGGACGUGGACAGUGUGCAGAAUUGAAACAAUGAAGAAACCAAUAUACCCUAAAGAGACAAGAAAGUGGAAGGAAGAUCACCAUGGAAACAAAACCAGGUCUCUCCGAGGCCCUCAGUUGUUGACGCAAGGGGGUCUUAUGAAGGAAAUCUGCCUAGGUUUGCUUCAGUCCAGGAUUUUUUCGCCUAAGUUUGAAGGAUCAUCGGUACGAAACGUAUGAAGGAACGCUUAAAGAACGUUAAAUGAAUGCUAAGUUACACUUGAAUCUCACAGUACAGAAGCACUGGGAUAUUACGUGCCUUUUUGUACAUUUUUUUUGUUUCGUUUUGACAUUUUUCUUUCUUUUUCGGUCUUUGUUCAUUUGAUCUGAUGAUGUUGUUUUUUCUGUUCAAUGGCUUUGGUGGCUCAGAGUUUUGGAGUGUUUAUGUCGUGAGCCUGUUUAUAACGUUUAUGCUUCUGCUUGCGUUUCUCACCAUCACGCUGUUCGUUCACGUCACGUAUCAAAACGAAAGCUUUGGAAGAAUGAGAGCUGCAAGACAGAGGGAACAGC